AUGCGGGCGCUCCUGCAUUUACCUGCCGUCUUUCUGGCGCUCGUCCUUUUCCUGCAAAGCUCCAUUGUCGUACAGGCGGACUGCGACCCCAGGAUCGGGUUCUUCAGCCUUCCCACCGUGCUGCUCAAGGGCUACGAGUCCCAUGCUUUUCUCUUCACGGAGGUUGUAUCUCGCAGUUAUCCCUUUCCCAAUGCCGAGAUCAGUACCUUGGACAUCGACAGCUGGGAUGUGUGCGUCCCAUGUGAUCGUUAUGAUUGCAGCUGCACCUACAUCAGGAUAAUCGAGUGCCUGCCGGAAGGAGUGGAGAGGUGUGAGUCCUGGUACACUCCCUUCUGGGCAACCAUCGGCACCGGGAACAACGGCUUCAACAAUUACGGAAACUACAACCUGGGCGAUGACAACGAGGGGAAUGGCAACAUUGGCAACUCCAACGUCGGGAACAACAACACUGGGGAGUCCAUCAUAUGCAACAACAAGCGUGGCGAUUCGCCGUUCGCUAGCCUCGUGUACCUGCUGGACCCAAAGUCUGCCGUCACAUUCUGCCGGUGA